AUGAUUCUCGAGGCCGGGUGGGCCCGGCGGGGGAGCGGGCGCACGUGCACAGAGUCAGGGUCGGGCCUCGGGGCAGAGGUCGAGGCCGGGGCGGCGGACAAGGCGGGCUGGGCCUUCGGUCUGGGUCUGGAGAGACUCGCCAUGGUCCUCUACGGGAUCCCCGACAUCCGGCUGUUCUGGAGCCAGGACCCCCGCUUCCUCCGUCAGUUCAGGGUGGAGGACAUCCAGCAGCCCGUCUGCUUCCAGCUCAAUGGACCAAUCAUCAUGAGACUCCUCUCCAUCUCCGUGUCGGCGCUCCUCCCGUCCUCGCCCCGCCCUCUGCUCCCUCGCUGUUGCCUGGCAACCCUCCCCACCAAUGGCAGCUCGGGACUGUGCAGACGCCCGGGCACCGAAGGCCCCGCCCCCCGGCCCGUGAUUGGUCAGGAUUCUGUGGAGGUGUUGGGACGCUCCUACCCACGCGACGACUACACCAACGUCACAGCGAAGGUCCUGGACAAGGUCGGCCGCAACCUCCACAACCAAUCGCAUCAUCCGCUGUGGCUGAUCAAGGAGCGCAUCAAAGCGCACUUCUACAGUGCAUACGCUGGUUGCCGUGGCAACCCCCUCUUCUCUGUCCAUGACAACCUGAGCCCCGUGGUUACCGUGGAGCAGAACUUCGACAGCUUGCUGAUCCCGCCCGGCCACCCCAGCAGGAAGCCAGGAGACAACUACUACCUGAACAGGUACAAACACCCACAAUGCAUCUGUCUCCUGGUCGCACUGCAGAUUUCUCGCUUAAUCUGUAACCUCGGUAAUCAUUUUAGCGGCUGCGACUAA